AUGCUCCCCAACUACAACAACCACUGGCAAGAAGCCAGAAAUAGAAACACUAAUCGUCAACCAAACCAAUAUCACGUACCCUACAACGGCCCUGUCUUCCAUCGACCUCUACCACCUACCAAUCGCCGACCACCAACCAACCCAUCCAGCUAUAUCCCACCCCAUCGCCGACCUACCUACAACACAGCCUAUCAAUCAAGAGGUAACCAUCGACCUGACCAACAACAGAAACGACUACCAGCCCACCGACGCCAACCAGUCCCCACUCAUAAGGAGGAAGAACCCUUUGUGAAGGUGUUCUUCCAAGUUUUGCAGUGCCUCCAUCAUUUGGCAAUCCUUACCCUUCAACAGCAAGGCCAACCAGCGUUUACCUUCAAACGCAAAGUCUCUGAGUUGGAUAGUUUUAUCCGUCCAGCAAUGAAAACAUCAGCUGUCGACGCGAAUAUUAGAUCCCUCAAUCGGACAUGGCUCUGUAAGGUUACGCAGGUCCUGAUCGACCAUUACCAAACCACACUCCAAGAGAAGCUGACCACCAUUCGUACCAAGUCUUUAUCAUCACCUGCCGUCGACCGCAUCGUUUCUCAUGCCCUGUCCUGGGCCCGUCGCUCCUAUGGGAAACGUCUCACUCAAGCUGUAAUUUCCAAAUUCUACCAAACAAUCAACGAAACAAAAACCAGAGUAACCAUAUCUCUACCAACUGAAAUGGACACUACACCUGCACCAUCUAGAGCUACCACGCUGCCGAACCAAACCCCUAAACGAGCCCGAAGUUCACCUACCCCUAGUCCAGCAGACAUAGAUCAGAAUAAGAACAGAAGAAAACCUAAUAUCAAGACCCUUAAUCCUAAUUUCUAA